CUGGCUGUAUUCUUGGUCUCGGCGACGACAUCCAGUUGGAACGUCCAAGGUUGCGGUCAAAUUAAUCAGGGUUCCUCAAGCAGAUGAUACGGAACUGGUGAAUAGGACAAGCAAGGUGUGAGCAUGAAUGAACUGAAAGUAGUUGUAUUCAUCGAUUUCAACUCACAGAGGAUUCGUCGCGAGGUUCAUGUUUGGAUUGACCUAGAGCAUGAUCAUAUUCUUACUUUCAAUGGUAUCGUUGAUGGUUUGGGGCCACUACCUGCCUUGGUCUCUCCAUGGAUGGAAAAUGGAUCACUCGAUAGUUAUCUAAAACAGGGACCUGUUCUUUCCAAGGCCGAGAAACUGAGAAUGUUGAGACAGAUAGCGGCCGGCCUCAAGUAUUGUGCAUCUAUUUUUUUUUCUGUAUCUGGAUCAGACAUGCUCAUCGACUUGUUAGUACACGACAAAGGAGUGGUCCAUGGCGAUUUAACAUGUACCAAUGUUCUAAUGAGUGCCAAUCAGACGCUCCAUCUUGCGGACUUUGGUCUCUCAGUGGUUCUUUCAGAGUCACAAAACUCCACCUUCAAUUCGUGCCACCCAGGAAAUGUGCGGUGGAUGGCGCCCGAGUUGCUUGCUUUACCUGAGGAAGGGGGAGUGGUCAUGCCAACCAAAGCUGCCGAUGUUUACUCGUAUGGUUGCAUCAUGCUUCAGGUGUUUUGUGGAUGUGCACCUUACCUCUGGCUACCGGAUGCGUUCCGCGUUAUUGCGGCAAGACUCACAGGAACAGCACCCUUCCGUCAUUUCCGUGACAUCGAGGACGUACACAAGGAGUUUUCGUUGAGAUGCAUAACUGUCGAUUCCGGAGGCCGACCAGUAGCUUCUGAGAUUGUAGGGUUCUUACCAACAGAGUGACAACAAUAUGAAUGAACUAGCCUAGGAUACUAUGUACUCGGAACGACAUCUAUGUGCUUCCCGAUUUAUCACUGCCUUGUUUACAUACACUAUGAGGACCGGCAUUGCAUGUAGUCUGCUAACGCAUUAGAUUUAGUAUUGCUCCUACAUAAAUACAAAUACAGCUAGUGUAUCAUACACAUACGACACCGAGAAGUGAGAGCAGACACGGAGCAAUAUGAUAUAUGAUAGGAGACACUUGAAGUUAAU